GUUGAAAAGGGAAUAAUAAUUGCAAUUGUAAUAGAAAUAAAAUAAUAAAACAAAAGAAGGAAGUUGCAACAAAGUGGGCGACCUCGUAUCUUUUUUGUUAUUGGCAGAAGCAAUUUGACUAAGCGUAAGUCUGCUGCUACUAAUAUGCUCAAAAAAAAAACAAAAACUCGACAAGAAGAAGAAGAAGAACAAAACGAUGAUGAUCGUCGCUGUUUUUGCUUUAAAACAGAGUUUCAGAAACUGGGGCUGCUGAAUUUUGACUCUGAGUAUGGGUCAAAUUCCUGUCUUGGGACUGAAGCAUCGUAAGAAACAACGUGCAGUUUUGGCAACGGUUCAAAUUCCUAAGAAAUCUUUUGUCUGGUCUACUCUUGUUCUUGUCUGUUUUGUUGGCUUCACUUUCUCUUCUGUUUGGCUCCUUCUUCCAGGGUUUCAUUCAUGGCAGCCGGCGGCAGCUACAGUCACCACCGUUGUUAAACCGAAUAUCAUAGUUACAGAAACCGUUGAAUUUCCCGACGAGACAGUUGUUUUCCUAAAAUACCCUCCUUCAACUCCUCUAUUUACAAAAGAUGACCUGUACUGCCACUACGUUACUCCUAACCUUUCUCAGUACCCUGAAUCAGUUGAAAACGAUGAAUUAUCGGGUCAACAGCUCGUUCGAUGUCCCCUGAUUAAGCCGCGCGGUGUGCUGACGUCACUUUCCGUCGAGAGUACUGGUGAUACCUUCUCAUUUGGGCCCACACGCCGGUGGAACUCGUUGGCCUAUGAGGCGAUGAUCGAUCGCGAUAACACGACUAUUGUGUUUGUCAAAGGGUUCAAUCUUCGUGGGGGGAAACAAUCGGACCCUUCCAAGUUCAAGUGUGUUUUUGGUUGGGAUGUUAAGAAUCCGAAAUUCGUGUUACAAUCAGAUGCUGUAUCAGUAGCUCAAGAAGUUGUUCGAUGUAAUACCCCGAUGAGCAUACUGAAUAAUCCGCAGAGGGUUAUUGGUAGUAAUAUGAAUCAGCCUAUUAAGGUUUCUGUUAGAAUGGUUGGUAAACAGCCUUUAGAGUCCACAGCGAGUCCUCAACGCUAUCUGCAGCCUAACCUGCCAGGUCAAAAACAGCAUGAGAUGUGUGUCUGCACAAUGUUAAGGAACCAGGCUAGUUUCUUGAAAGAGUGGAUCAUGUACCAUACUAGAAUCGGAGUACAGCGUUGGUUUAUAUAUGAUAAUAACAGCUUGGACGAUAUUGAUGAUAUCAUUAAGGUAUUAUCGAUGGAUGGGAACAUAAAUGUGACGCGACAUGUUUGGCCUUGGGUCAAGACUCAAGAGGCAGGUUUUUCUCAUUGUGCAUUACGAGCUAGGGACGUGUGUGAGUGGGUAGGUUUUAUGGAUGUUGAUGAGUUCUUUCACUUGCCUACAGGUAUGUCAUUACUUGACAUAUUAAGAAACCAAUCCAAUUAUCCUAGUAGUAAAGUUGCUGAGUUGCGGGUGUCGUGUCAUAAUUUUGGACCAUCCGGUCUCAAACAUGUCCCGGCACAAGGGGUCACCAUGGGGUACAAUUGCAGGAUGAUUGCACCUGAGAGGCACAAGAGUAUAGUGAAACCAGAAGCAUUAAAUUCAACACUAAUCAAUGUGGUUCAUCAUUUUCAUUUGAAGUCUGAGUUUAGGUAUGCCAAUAUGGAUAGAAAUGUGAUUGUGAUCAACCAUUACAAGUAUCAAGUUUGGGAUGUGUUCAAGGAGAAGUUCUACAGGAGGGUGGCUACUUACGUAUCUGAUUGGCAACAGGAGAGAAAUGUUGGGUCCAGGGAUCGUGCCCCGGGUUUAGGGACAAGAGCUGUUGAACCACCAGAUUGGUCUAGUCGAUUUUGUGAAGUUAUUGAUACCGGCCUUAAGGAUCGAGUAGCAGAGAUGUUCACCGACCCAAACACUGGCAGGUUACCCUGGCAAAAUCACUGACAUGACUUGGAUGGAACAUGACAUUAUUUAGUAUCAGAUGCAACAAAUGUUUCUUUUGCUAUUUUAUUUGUACAUGAAAUAGUCGAUAUAUUCUUUUUGUACAUGAAUUUACGUCACGACACAAAAGAGCAAUAUGAAAAUGAAAGGUGAAUGUUCAAUUUACCUGUACUUGUAUCUGGUGAAAAUUAUUAUAAAUCCAAUAAUAAUUGGGUAA